AUGGGUGGAGGCGAUUGCCUGCUCGACCGAUUCCUCCCGUGGUCCGCAGCGCAGAGCGGCCUGGAGCUGAGUGAAGACUUCGCGUACCCAAAUUCGUUUGGCGCGGUGCUGUUCGACCUGCUGAUGAUGUCGGUCGGCCUCCUCUUUCUGGUGCACGGCGACGAGCUCAACGCAACCAUCCUCUUCACGAUUGGUUUUGUGUGCGGAAGCGCAAUCACCUCAGCCGCGAUCUCUGGCAUCCUCGAGGCUUUUGAUGCCAGACUGGACUGCACCUUGCAGGCACUGCCGCCGCUGGUGGUCGGCGUGGCGUGCGGCCUGCGUGUCCGCACGAGCCCGUGGGCCGCCUUCUUUCUGCUCGGCCUUUGCGUCGGUGGUGUCGCUGGUUUCUAUGUGUACACGAUUAUCAAGCUCUUCCUCCUCGAGCUCCUCCUGGUCGGCGCAGUGGGUGGCGGCGUGCUGGGGCUGUACCUGCGUGCAAAGAUCAUACCGGCGGCGACUGCGCUCCUCGGAGCCUUCUUCUUCACGCUCGGCUUCACCUACCUCGCCCUAGUCCCGGCCGACUCGCGCUACGCGCGCUGGCUCACGCCGGAAUCCGCCCAGUUUGACCAGUUUACGAUCGUGCCUCUCCUCGUGGCCGCGCUGCUUGUCGCCUCGCGAGAGCUGCUCCGCAAGCUGUGGGCAAAGGCUUCGCCGGCCGUCAGCAGCGCGUACGGCAAGGUCUGCGGCAAGGUCUGCGGGCAGAAGAAGGAGGAGGGGGUGCUGUCCAAGAUUGGCAGCCGCGUGAUGGGCAAGGAGAAGAGUCGAUUGCAAAAGCUGCAAGAAUGGUGGUCGCCGCCCCCGUGGUGCCCCCUGAGCCCUGUGCGGGAGAAGCUCGAGACGGCGCUGGGCAAGGAUCCGGGCGAGCUCAAGCCGGAGAAGACGCUCAUCAGCGAGCUGAUUGACGAGGUGAUGGCGCAGCAGGAGGACUUUACCUUACCUUACUUACCUUAUCAAACUUCAAAGACUAUCACACGCGUGUGCCUUGAAGGCUAG